UGCGUGAAACAGCAAGAGCCGGAGGGAGCUCUUCGUACAUCGGUUUUUUUCCUCAGCUCUUAACGUUUCAACACCAAGGCGCUGGACGAAAGAAGAGGAGGAAUAAUACUGAAAGGGCUUCCAUCGCCACAAGUCUCCGUCUCCACGUCUCUUGUGUUAGAUAUAUUAAAAAAAAACAGAGUGCAUGUUGCCGCUGUUGAGCUCAGAAUAACACGGAUCCGCCGGAGCUCUGACAGUGCUGGUGCAUUCGGGAUUACAGUUAUGAUGAAGGCGCAAGUCAAUCUGAGCCGGAUCCUGCUCUGCUGUUUGCUUUGGAUCGCUGCAGCCGGCGGACAGAACUGUGGUGAUACAGUACGAGGACCUAAUGGAACAAUAGAUAGUCCAGGCUUUCCAUAUGGGUAUCCAAAUUAUGCCAACUGCACCUGGACGAUCGUCACUGAAGAACGGAAUAGAAUACAAUUGGCAUUUCAGUCAUUUGCCUUGGAGGAAGACUUCGAUGUACUAUCAGUUUAUGAUGGUCAAUUGCGACAGGAAAACCUAAGAACCAGGUUAACAGGAUUUCAACUUCCUUCUCCAAUUGUGAGUUCUGGAUCUGUACUCACAUUGUGGCUGAUCAGCGAUUAUGCCGUGAGUGCUCAAGGCUUCAGGGCAGUCUAUGAGGGUAAGUAACUGUUUCUUGUUGGAAAUACCUUCCUGUGUUGUUGUAUAUUGUGUUGCUGUAAAGAAAACACUAAUGCUCACUCAAAACAUUGUUGAUGAGACAUUAUGUUAAAUGAAGGCCUCCUAUUCAUCAAUCUCAAGUUCAGGAAAGGCAUCUUGGAGAUAUAUUUGUUGAAUUUUGAAAAUAGGUUGGCUUUGAGGAAAAUUAUUGCUAAUUUAUAUUAAUCGCUAAUAUAAAGAUAGGAGUAUGCUAUGUUUUGAAAAUUAUACUACACAAGAUUCAUUUUUAAAUGCUGAUGACAAAAAAAGAACGUACACUAAAAAAAUGAGCACCACUAGACACCAAUAUAUUAACAGAAAAAAAAAAAGGUUUUAGCCUCAGGGAGGCUUGGGUAAUAUCCUCAUGAAAAUAUUGUUUUGAAAUUUGCAUUUGCUCAGAUAAUGUAGUCGCCAUUGGCUGGUUGGAAGAAGUUGCAUGAUCAUCUAGAAUUAGACACCAGUUGUAAACACUUGUUACGAGUUGCAAGAACAUACACAUUUCUCUCAUGUGCCUGUGCGAUGCACAUUAGUAUCACGUUCUCACCCAUGGUAAUGAAAAUACAAUAAGAUCUAUUGCUUAGAAUUGUUGGGAGUGGGAAAAAAAGUGAAAAUUCAUCCUCCCGAGUCUUUUCCACAAUGUCGAUGAAUAUUAUUUUCACUUUUUAAAUUCAGCCUACACAAUAAGGG